AUGGGGAAAGCAGAAGUCGGCUCAGUGAAGCAUCUGAGCAAUCAGAUGAAGCUGAAGGGCCUGCAGAGGCUGAGGUGGUACUGUCAAGUAUGCGAGAAACAAUGCCGCGACGAGAACGGGUUCAAGCAGCACACGAUGAGCGAGAGCCACACGCGCAACAUGCUCACCGUGGGCGCGGACCCCAAGAAGGCCGUCCAGCAGUACAGCGACCAGUUCCUCAAGGACUUCCUGCGCCUGCUGCGCACCGGCCACGGCGAGAAGGCGGUCCAGCUCAACCGCUUCUACCAGGAGUACAUCUCGGACAAGAACCACGUGCACAUGAACGCGACGCAGUGGAGCUCGCUGACCGAGCUGGCCAAGUACCUGGGCCGGGAGGGCAUCUGCCGCGUCGAGGAGACGGACAAAGGGCUGCACAUCGCCUGGAUCGACACGUCGCCCGAGGCGCUCCGGCGGCAGGAGGCGCUGCGCAAGAAGGAGAUGCAGGACAAGGGCGACGAGGAGUGGGAGCAGAGGAUGCUCAAGGAGCAGAUCCGGCGCGCGCAGAGGGACGCCGCGCAGCGCGGGCGCCGCGGGGAGGACGAGCACGGGGAGGCCGAGGGGGAGGACGACGACGAGAAGGAGGGCAAGGGGCUGCAGCGCCAGGAAGGGCAGAAGAUCACGCUAUCGUUUGGCGCCAAGCCGAAGGCGGAUGUGCCUAAUAAGACGUCCUCGCCGCCGGAGGGGGGCGACGCGAAGACACAAACCCCAGAGGCUGCGACUGAUGGCGCUGCUCCGUCUGAAUCGAAGGACGGAGAUGCUGCGCCGAGUGGAGCCAGCACGGAAGCGAAGGACUCGACAGCAAAGGCUUCGGAGACCAAGCCCAUCUCGCUCAAGUUUGGAGCCAAGCCGCAAACCAAGAACGUGUUUGCGCAGGCAAAGAAGAACGCCUUUGGAGGAGGAGCCAAGAAGGUCAUGGUCGAGCAGCCGAAGAAGAUGAGCGAGGCAGAGAGGAUCAUGAGGGAAGAGAUGGAAAGGAAGCGGUCCAGGGGAUUCGGAGGCUCUGGAGGCCCCCCGAAUAAGAGGCCGAGGACUUGA